UGCCUUCUUUUUCAUUGGUAUAGUCCGGAGCGCGUCUCGUUGUCAUGGUAACCUAACUUGGCUCUGACUGCACGGGAAAGGCAUAAUGGCUGGAAUGUCCCGGGGCUCUGACCCCGUGGGUCGCCUCCUGGUUCAGGUUCAAGAUGAUCUGGAACACUUGAAAAGGAAACUGACUAACACUAGCCUCGGGGAGGAUGGAGAGGGUGUGGAUAUUCAGGAUUUGGAGGCCGCAAUUCAAAGAACAGAGGUCGGAUUGAGGAAACAUACUGAGGAUUACCUGCAUUAUAUCAGCUGUAAUCCACUGACUUUGCUUCAGGAUGGAAACAAGGAUAAAUAUACUCCCCAUCUGCUGAAAUGGGGACAUCAAGCAGGAGGCCAAAACCCCUUAGAUUUACCAAACACUAGAGGGCGAGCUUGGGGCACAAUCAGCCACUUCUCUCCGGGCCAGCAGCACAAGUUGUUCCUGAACAAUCGCAUCAUGUGCAAUCCUGAGAGCGCGGCACACCGUGAGCUGCUCAACCAGAGCCUUGGGAUCAGUUUGCCGCUCAUCAGCACCAGGCAGAAAACAUCUAUGUCAAAUGAAAAGAUCACAAGAGGCUCCACAGUUAGUAAUCUCUCUGUGUUACCUGCUUCGAACCGAAGGGAUGCCUCACUAGCUCCACCCCCCCUGUAUGAGAAGGAUAUGCAGAAAGGUAUUUUGAAUCUGCAGCAAAGAGGCCUGAUACCUUCAGCUGCUCAGCUCACUCUAGUACCCCCUGCCAUUUUCCCCCGAAGCCUUCAACUUCACAGCUCAAGAAUUCAAAAGGCAUCUCCAACACAGACAGCAGAUAAGGAGCUGCCCAUGGUAGUGGAAUCUACACAUAAUGAAGAGACUGACCCCGAGACAAAAGACAGUGACUACCAGCUGUUUCAAACUCAGUUACCAGACGAUGGAAUGGAUACACCGUAUCCUUCUAGGCUGCACUCGGUAUCAUCAAAAAUAGCAAGGGCGCCUCUUAUUGCAACCAUGAAGAAGCCAACCGGUACCAAUCCUUCAACAGAGGAUCCUGAAGCUUUGACUGCUCUUGCUCUUCCCACUGGUCACAGCUUCAUUUUACGCAAUGGCUUGAUAAAUUCUGAUGAUUUAGACUUUUUGGCCUUCAAACAACGUUACUGCCUGUCCUGGGGUAGUUUUGUGUCUUUCUUGGAGCGUUUACAGAAGUUGCUGCAGGACUAUGCUGUGCCCACUGCCAUAGUGAAUGGAGAGAAGCUGAAAGCAGUUGUUCUAGAUCACGAGCUGGGCAUGACUCCAGCAGUCUCCCGGCUGCUCUUUGUCUUGGAAAACAAGUCCUGGGUUCAGAAAAUCCUAAAUCAACCAGGGCAGCGUUACAAGGGAAGAGAAGGCAGGACAGCUGCUGCAGUUAAAAUACAAUCUUUAUGGCGAAGUUAUCGGGACCGCAAAGCUUACCUUACUUAUCGUCAGCAGAAGUGGGCUGCUGGGGUCAUUGCUAUAGCUUGGCUACUACAUGUGCAGAGAUCUCGUGUGAAGAAGCUCCUGCAGGAAUCCAGGGUGCAGCAGCUACAGAACUUCCGUUCAAGAGCUAAGCAUCUGGCAUCCAACUGGAAUCACAUCAGGACGUGCAGGAGGAGCAUUAUCCAUAUCCCAUCAUUAGGUUACACAGAAUCACAGCGAGCUCGCACCAAUGACCUGCACAUCCUGCAAAAUAUGCAAAUAGGACGAUUGUGUGACAUUGCAGACCCUAAUGUGGAUGUUAUCUAUAUUUCUCCGGUGGAGGUGGAUGAAGAAACACAACAAUAUUACAGAAGGCUCCUUGGUCUGAGGCCAGCAGUUCUCUCAGGGAAUCAAGAAGAUGCAUGUGAGCUCCAUGACAGAUUCAUAUUCCUGACUCCUGAAGCCGUGAAGGACUUUCCUAGUCAUCACAUGUGCCUUUCCACCAUGCUGAAAUACAGCCCGAAGACCCUGAAGCGCAUCCGCAACUUAACACGUGGCCGCGAGGCCUACAUUGUAGGUGGAGUCCCUCACGUUGAUGACCUCGCAGUGGCAGAUAUGCUGGAUAUCCCCUUGUUGGCUACUGAGCCAGAACUAGCACAUCUCUACAGUAGCAAGUCCGGGAGCAAACGGAUCUUCUCUAGUGCAGGUCUGCCCACUGCUCCUGGGAUAAAUGAUAUCUAUACCCAGCAACAGUUCCUGGAAGCUCUGGCACAAAUGAUCAUUGACAACCUCCCGGUGACCCGUUGGCUAUUUAAAGUGGACAAUGAGUUUGGUGGUAAUGGCACUGCUUUCUGUGACAUCGCUAAAUACCUGCCAUGUUAUGCAUGGGCUGUGAACGAGCGCCAGAGAUACGGCCCUGAUACUUGGAAACAGAAGUGGGCACAGGAAAAGGCUUUGCUUCUCGUCAAGCAAGAGCUGCCACAGGUCCUAGAGAAUCAUGCCCAGCCAAUAAACAGGAAACACUACCCCACUUGGGACAAGUUUUGGCAUGCACUGGUGAGCUGUGGAGGAGUAAUUGAAGGUUCGCCCCCAGCUGAGAGCAUCACCUGUCUUACUGUAGAUCUCCUGAUCAGCCCAGAUGGAGAGAUUCAAAUGGUAUCGUGUGGGGACCAGAUUCACAGUCACAGUAACCUUCAGUGUGUUGGGAGCACUGUUCCUCAGUGUUCUGUGCCUCCGGAUAUUCUCACCGACAUGAGCACGUGCAUUGGAGAGGCAUGCAAAGCUUGUGGUUUACUGGGAUAUCUGUCAGUAGAAUUGCUCACUUUUAUAGACCCCCAGAGCCUGGAACAGCAGAUUUGGGCCACUGAUCUGGAUGUGUGCUACAGUGAUCAACUAGCAAUGACCCAGCUCUUGCUGUUCUUAACUAAUGGCACCCUGGACUGUACCAGCAGUCGUCUAUCUGUGCCCCUUGCGCCCAAGAAAGUUGAACGCUUUAGACCACGUGCUCAGCAUACAGAGACUACUCCAAGCACGUGUCGUGUUGCAGUUCUGAGCUCUCGCCUAAUGCACACGAACCUGUCUCUUGUGUAUUACAGUGUUUUCUUUCAGAUGUGCAGAGCUCAUGGCAUUGGCUAUGAUGUGAGGGAGAAACAAGGGACAGUGUUUGUUCUACUAGAAAACCAGAAGAGGCAUCGUCUGGGGAUGUUGAGCAUUGCCGAUGAUGUUCAGGGAGCACUGAUGACCUUUGCCCGCAAUUUGUUCAUCGUUCAUCAGGAAAUAUCAGCCCCUAAUAUGCAGGGAGACACUAAUUUCAAGGACAUUGUGAAGGAAAUUGAAGAAAUUCUGGGAGUCACGGAAGAGAACAAACUGAAGUUUGACCAGGAAGGCAAUUCCAACCUUUCCCUUUCUGCAUAAACCUAGGUGCUCUGAUAGCUGUUCUAAUGGGUGCUGUAUGUGGUAACAAUAGGGCAAGCAGACCCUGUGACUGCUGGAGGGCCAAGCAAUUUAGGAACCUGAAUAAUAAGAGACAUUCGGUGCAAAGCAGUAGGGCGUGCCAUUCCAUUUGGUUGGUGAGAAUCUCCAGCUUAAAAUGAAUUGAUGAAGCGCAACUCAAAAAGCUCUUCAUUUUUACCACCAUUUGCUUUCAGGAAGCUUUUACUCUCAGCCAUUUGCAUUAGCAUUGUGAUAGGUGUUGCCACUUGUUGCUAAAACGUUGUUUGUAGACAGCUUCUAUAUGAUGACCACAUGAAAUAAACAUCAGUUAACAAU